CGCCCAUUGGGCGCUGCCCCGCCCCGGGUCCGGGAGGGUAGGUUGGCUGCCCCGGCGAGCGGCAGAGCCCUUCUGGACAGCUCCCGCUCACCCAAACAGAAGACGUCGGCGCCGGAGCGGGCUCGGACAUGGCGAGGCAGCGCGCCGGCCCGAGCGGCGGGGCCCGGUGAUCCCUCCCUCCCUCCCCGCCCCCUCCCCUCUCCCGCACGCACGCCCCGUCCGCCCCCACCCCGCCCCCACCCCGGGCGCGCCAGCCAGCCCGCUCGCCCGCAGCCCGGGGCGCACACCCGCACGCACGCUCCCCCUCCACACACUCACGCACUCCCGCGCCCUCCCCAGCUCCGGCGGCCGAGCUCCGCCACGCGCGCCUUGCCAGCCCGCCGGCCGCCCCCGCCGCCCCCGCCGCCCCCGGGCCCCGAUGGACUGAAUGAAGGCUGCCUACACCGCCUAUCGAUGCCUCACCAAAGACCUAGAAGGCUGCGCCAUGAACCCGGAGCUGACAAUGGAAAGUCUGGGCACUUUGCACGGGCCGGCCGGCGGCGGCAGCGGCGGGGGCGGCGGCGGGGGCGGCGGGGGCGGCGGCGGGGGCCCGGGCCAUGAGCAGGAGCUGCUGGCCAGUCCCAGCCCCCACCACGCGGGCCGUGGCGCCGCUGGCUCGCUGCGGGGCCCGCCGCCGCCGCCGCCAACGGCGCACCAGGAGCUGGGCACCGCGGCAGCGGCAGCGGCGGCGGCGUCGCGCUCGGCCAUGGUCACUAGCAUGGCCUCGAUCCUGGACGGCGGUGACUACCGGCCCGAGCUCUCCAUCCCGCUCCAUCACGCCAUGAGCAUGUCCUGCGACUCGUCCCCGCCCGGCAUGGGCAUGAGCAACACCUACACCACGCUGACGCCGCUCCAGCCUCUGCCGCCCAUCUCCACCGUGUCGGACAAGUUCCACCACCCGCACCCGCACCACCACCCGCACCACCACCACCACCACCACCACCAGCGCCUGUCGGGCAACGUCAGCGGCAGCUUCACUCUUAUGCGCGAUGAGCGCGGGCUCCCGGCCAUGAACAACCUCUACAGCCCCUACAAGGAGAUGCCCGGCAUGAGCCAGAGCCUGUCCCCUCUGGCUGCCACGCCGCUGGGCAACGGGCUAGGCGGCCUCCACAACGCGCAGCAGAGCUUGCCCAACUACGGGCCGCCGGGCCACGACAAAAUGCUAAGCCCCAACUUCGACGCGCACCACACUGCCAUGCUGACCCGCGGUGAGCAGCACCUGUCCCGCGGCUUGGGCACCCCGCCCGCGGCCAUGAUGUCGCACCUCAAUGGCCUGCACCACCCGAGCCACGCUCAGUCCCAUGGGCCCGUGCUGGCGCCCAGCCGCGAACGGCCACCCUCGUCCUCGUCGGGCUCGCAGGUGGCCACAUCGGGCCAGCUGGAGGAGAUCAACACCAAAGAGGUGGCCCAGCGCAUCACCGCAGAGCUGAAGCGCUACAGCAUCCCACAGGCGAUUUUCGCGCAGAGGGUGCUGUGCCGGUCUCAGGGGACACUCUCCGACCUGCUCCGGAACCCAAAACCGUGGAGUAAACUCAAAUCUGGCAGGGAGACCUUCCGCAGGAUGUGGAAGUGGCUGCAGGAGCCCGAGUUCCAGCGCAUGUCCGCCUUACGCCUGGCAGCGUGCAAACGCAAAGAGCAAGAACCUAACAAAGACAGGAACAAUUCCCAGAAGAAAUCCCGCCUGGUGUUCACCGACCUCCAACGCCGAACACUCUUUGCCAUCUUCAAGGAGAACAAACGUCCGUCCAAAGAGAUGCAGAUCACCAUUUCCCAGCAGCUGGGCCUGGAGCUCACGACUGUCAGCAACUUCUUCAUGAACGCCCGGCGUCGAAGCCUGGAGAAGUGGCAAGACGACCUGAGCACAGGGGGCUCCUCGUCCACCUCGAGCACUUGUACCAAAGCGUGAUGGAAGGACUCUCAGUUUGGCACAAGUCACCUCCAAGCGAGGACCACAGAUACCAAAAGAAAACACAAAGGAAAAAGACACCAGAUUCUUAGCUGGGGCCCUUCACUGGUGAUUUGAAAGCACAAUUCUCUUGAAAAGAAACUUCUAUUCUAGCUGUAAUCAUAGGCCAGGUGUUCUUUUGUUUGUUUGUUUUAAUGGCUAUGGAGUCCAAGUGCAAGCUGAAAAUUAAUCUCUUUGAACCAGACAUUGUCCUCUGAGCAUGCUAAGCAUCCCAGAAACCCAAAUGGGGGACUUCCUGGAGCGAAUUAAUUUCAGUGUGGUGGCAACCAAGCUCAGGAUUGCUUAAAAGGUUAACAGUCCCGCUUUGGGUCCCGUCAGCUUCUUGCAGUCAGAUUUCCACAAGUAACAGUGGGAAUUUGGCCCGUGUAAGAACUCUGAGUUUGGGUUCCCAAGAUGCUGCAAUGAGGGAAGAAUCUAGCAACAAGAAUGACCUCAUUUGCUUUCCAAGUGCUUAGCCUCAUCAUACCACAGUACACAAAGUUCACAGCCAUAACAUAAAAAACAUCAGAAUGAUAAUUAUUGAGCACAAGUUUUAAAUAUGGAAGUCAAAAAAAAUAAAAAUCCAAGGACCUGUUUUUCCAACUCAGGCAUCUUUUCAUUGAAUGGUUUAGAAAGCUUUCAGUUGAUCCAGUUUACAAUUUUCUUUCCCUUACCUCCUGGAAAUCUCACGUGGUCUUGGAUCCAUCAAAAAAACAAAUCAGUGCACUUGAGCUCAAAGUAUCAAGCACAACAAAGAUAAAGAGAGAAGUCAGGAAGGUUCUGGAUUCAUCACAUCUGGAUUUUCAAGACGCCGAUUGUGAAGUCAUUAGGGAAUCGUUGGGAAUAUGGCUUCAAGCACAUUUUGCAGUUUGCUACAAAUUCUGUUUGUACAUAAUGCAGACGCACACUCAGGAGGCCAAUUUAACUGUUACGGUACAUGGAGCAAAUGCAGCAUUUUAAAAGAUGUACAUUUUUUUACAUCACUAAUGUAUCUUUCUUGGUUACUAGUCACCUGGUUCCUCCUAUUGUGCAUUCUUACCACCACAUAAUUCAUUUUCACUGUUUCAGAUUUAAGUUGUUCCUUCAUCCAUCCCAUUGGUAGGGAUCUUUUCAGUGUUUUCUAGCAAGAAAAAAAUGAGUAAUUCAAACCACCAUACAUGUUACUCAUGACUGUCAUCUAGUCCUAAAUCUCUUCCAUUGUUGAAUGAUCCUAGAAAAACAGCUGAAUAAAUCUGGAGAAAACACAGCACACCAAAGAAGCAGAAUACUGCAAACCAAAGACAUUUCUUACUUGCCAUUUUCUAGCCUAAAAAUACUGUGAUUACUUUUAGAAAUCAGAAAACCUCUGCAACUCCAAAUGGCAUUCAGCUCUUACAUUCAGCUCGCCAUCAGGCAGAGCAGACUGGCUACACCAAGGACGUUAGCCAAGCCACCCAGGGAGUGGCUUUGCCACAUCAGCUCUGGUUCCUGGCUGUCACCUUCCCACAGCAAGCGGAAGAGUGCCCACGGGACUCUGGGAGAUUGCAAAGGUCACGAUGUGCAUAUUUACCAGUGAAUGGCCCCAGGUGGGCACCAUGGGGAUGUUCAAAGCAAGCCAAACACUGCAAUGAUUCUUUACGGACACUUGAGACUGACUUUUUUAUGAAUUACUUAAUCGAAACCAAAGAAACUUUUUCUGCACCUACUUCUGCAACAAACAAAACCGUCCCAUUAAAAUGAAUAAAUAACGAAAUACGUAAGUCAAUGAAAAUCACCAUCAACAAGAAGGAAGCACGCCAGAAAAAAAAAAAAAAAAAACAGCGAGACACACUGUGUUCAAACAGACCUCUUGGGACAUUUUUUGGAAGCAGAUUCUAAAGAAAGGGUUGAGACAAGAAUAGAAAUAAGGAAAAGCCUCAGUGGCGGCUGCUUCAUUUGACAACUCACGCGGUAAUCUUAAAGUUGAAGAUUGUCUUUAAUUUGUGCCUAUGCAGUUUUCAAAAGAACACGGAACAGAGCAACAGAAACCUCAACAGCUACAAUACCAAAGAUGAGGAUUUCUCACACCUCUUGUUUCAGUUCGUUAUAUCCUCUUGCCUGGCUAAAAUACUAAUAGCGCCAUUGAUCUGUGUAAAGGUAAUCAAUUUUGUUUCUGAGCAACAAAAGGAAAGGGUCAUUUAUUUUAUUUCAUUGUUUCCCUUUAAUUUUGUUUUAUGGCUUUCUACCCUAACAUGGAAUCUCUCAAAGGAUUCCAUGGACUCCAAGUUUAAGAUGUUGGGAUACUGAAUGAUUCUCUUCUCUCUGCUUUGCAGAGUGCGAGGAAUAAUACUGUCACUUGAAUGUUCUUUGCUUAUCCCUUAGACUUGGUUGCUUCUCUGUUCAGAGUCUCAUCAUCAGGGGAGGGAAGGGGAGUGAGGGUCAGGGUCAGGGGUCUUGGUGACACAUCCUCUCCCAAGCCACAGAACCAAAGAGUUUAUAGAGGAAUGGACAGCCUCAUUUUCGUGUGAUUGCUACAUCUAACAGGGCUUCAUUUGAGGGUGGGGGAAACAUGUAAAAAUAAUUGCCAGUUUCUACUUUUCUAUUAGCUUUUUAAAAAUCAGCUGUAAAGUUGCAUUUCUAAAGAAAGAUAUAUAUAUAAUAUAGGAAUACAUAUAUAGAUUCAACUUGACAUUGGUGAUAACCCAAAAUUAUUGCUAUCCAAAUUCAUGUCUUGUUUUUGUCAAGUGCUUUGUUUAUUAAGUAUUCAGUUCAGAAUUUUGCUCAUCUCUAAUCAUGCCAUCCCAGAGUUCAUUUGCCGCCGUGGAUGAUUUGGAGUAUUCAGAUUUCUGUGAAAACUCCUGGGAAAGGUUGAAAGUCGAGUUCAAGCAUUUCAGCAUUUAACCUGUUGAUAAAUGGAUCUGUGGUGCAAAUGAGUUUUAUUUGUAUUUGGAGUCAUCUCUAUUCUAUGCCUCAACCAUGAUCAAGAUGGUGAGUACGGUUCAUCCACCAGACCCAGAACAGAACUGGGCCAGGGCCAGUGGCAGUGGGGUGCUCAUCUUCUGUAACUGCUGGGAAGGCUCAGUAGUCCAUUCCCACCAGUUAUGGAGAUGAAGCCAGCCCAGAAAUCUGUUAUCCAGGAGCUGCCCUGUCCCAUUAGGGUAUUCUAGAUCCCCCUCAGUAAGUCGAUCCACCAGAGGGAUUUCUCAUAGAGGAAGUCCAAGUCCUGUUGCAAUGGGUUGAUCAGGUUUCCUCAGGGUUGUAAUUACCAAUUCGUAUAGACAAGCCUGUGUGCAACCACAGCUGGCACUGGGGUGAGGCAGUGGUGCUGGGUGGGGAGAUGAUUCUCAAUCUUGGUGAAAAAAUGCAAAGCAGGGUUUGGGGAGAACCCGAGAGUCUUGCCCCUGGGAGUCCCGUUGUCCAUUGUGCUGCCUCCCUUCUCCCACCAUGUGGGUCUCUGUUUGCAGGGCAACUGCCAUGGAGCUGGGAAAGAAGGUGACUCUCUAUGGCUUCUGUAAUUCAUCCUACCUGGGGAUAUUCCUUGACUUUUCCCUUUGUCCCUUUGUCUCUUGCUCAUUCUGCGUGUCUGCUUUGUCAAAUGACCAAGAAAAGAGCAUAUUUCAGCAGGGAAAUGCUCCAAAAGGGUGGAUAAAAAUGAGUUUCAGCUUGGGUAUUUCUAAAUGAAUCCUUGUGACUUGUGGCCAAUGGAAAUGGUUGUUCUUCUUGAGAUUGAAUUAAGGAGCCAAACCUUCUUGGUUUGGUUAGUGGUUCUUUGACAUUUGGGUCUCUGGCAUCCCCUGGAGAUGUCUAAACCCAAAGAGGCUGCCUCUGUGGCCUGAGAUUUCAACACUGACCAAACCAGGUGUAGUCACAUAUGCCUUCAGUGCUCCUGGUGAUUUGAGGAAGAUCUCAUAAUGUAAAAAAGGCAAGAACUUCCCUCCAAGGACUUUUGACAAAUGUCUCAUACAAGAUAAUGUCACACCAGAGAGAAGUGCUUCCUUUUAAAAAAUGAUUCACAUACAUGUAUAAAUACAUAUGUGUAUCUAUAUAUUUAUGUAUCAAAAUUUUAAGCCCCAGAGAAUUUCAACUUGUUAAAAAUAUGAAAGAAAAAAACCCCUGCAAGUUGAAAGGUAAUGGAAUUUGACCCAGUGAAUUUCCUCAAGCAUUGUUAAAACUUAUUUUAAGUUAAUAAUUUCAGAGAAAACUGUUUGGACUUGGUUAUAGUUUAGGAUCCAUUUUCUCAGUUCAAGAAGAAUUCCAGGCAUGCCUUUGCUAUCAGCAACAAAAGUGUGAAGGGACAGUUCUGAACCAAAAUUCACAUUCUUGAGGCAACAGAAACCCAAAUGCUAUUGAGUGGAAAAAUACUUUUCUUUAUUCCUUUAGGCAAAUAUGCUUGCUUUACUUUUGUUUUCCAUGUGAUUUUGUUAUGGGGGAUAUAAUUGUUUCAUUCUGGGAAAUUUUUUUAAAAAGAGCCAAUAUAUCUCUUUUUUAAAGGAAAACAGCAACAACAAUAAAAACUCAACCCCAAUAUUUAAAGGCUUUUCCAAAAUGUAAAAUAGCGUGUAGGUUGUACCACUUAAAGGUACAGGUGAGAAUGAGCCACGGAGGACCCAGCGUGACGCUUUCUCUGGAGAGAUCAGGGCAUCACUUCUGCAGCGUCUCUCUUCCCGCAGAGUCUUGGCAGUUGUGGGCUUAGGAAAAGCUAACUUUCAUUGCCAGCUAAAACCAAAUCAAAAUUAGGAAGGUAAAUCUGAUACAUAUACACAUACCAAUAUAUACACACACGUGCAUUUUUGUAAGUCAAGCAGUGUACUUCACAGCCAAAUAUAAAUACCUUUUAGAUGAUCAACCAUUUUACCUAAUCUGUACUGGGUGCCCACCUAUUUGUGCUAAUAAAUUAAAGUUGAGCAUAUUUAAAAAAAUAUAUAUCACUACCACUUGGGUAGGGGGGCACACUUUCCCACUUUUGAAAAUGCUGGUGGAAUUAUAGAAGUGUCUGAUUACCUCUACCAAAGUGUCAUGACAAUAUACCUUUGCGGUGAACUCUGAUUUUUCACGAGGUUAUAUGGUAGGAAUUUUAAAAAAUAUAAAAAGAACUGUCUGAGCUCCAGUGUUGUUGAAGAAUAAUGUAUUAUAUUAAAAAGUAGAGAAAAUGAGAUGAUGCCUGUGGUCAAGGUUGACCUCAAGUGCUGUGAGGAUAACUGUCACGAUUCCUAACAGAUUGGAGCGGAUUUUUUUGUUGUUGUUGCUGAUACUGUGUGGUGCAGACGUGUUAGCCUGACCAGGAAGAGUGAGAGGGGAUAGAGCUGGUGUGCCUACAACUUUCUGGUAUUUACCUGCAAGACUGGAUAGCUUAAUAAUUUUGUACCUUUAGCUAAGCCCAAAUCACCUCUAAAACAACAGGAGGUUCUAGUUUUCAAAUAAGGCCACAAAAUCCUUACUAAAGGAAGAAGGGGCACCUGAGGUUGAUGUAUAACUCUCCUAAGUUAGUGACAUUGACUUUAAACAUGGAUGUCCCAAUGCCUAUUUUCUACCCAUGAUUUGUUUCUUUACAAGGGUAGGGGAAAAGGAAGCUUUGUUUAUUUGUUUCAGAAAGUCUCAGAAUAAGUUAUAAAAUACAAAAACAAUUAUUAAAAUAAUAUAGAGCCUCACAUAGGUGGACACAAAAUUGACGCUGAUGGGCUAUUGGAUGAAUCCCACAGGGACCAGAAAUGCUUAUUGUUCUCAGACACCAAAAUGACUCUUGACAGUCUGAGGCAAGUCAAAGCUAGAGCCCAAGCUUUCCUUAUAGGUUUUUGAGUUUGGUUGACUGUCAUCAACCAGCUAAUACCUUUUUAGUGGAGAAAGUGUGUAUAGGAAAAACACUUUGCUACAGGUUUGUUCAUCCUGUGGAAGUCUUCCACUCUGCUCCAUCUUUAGCGGCAGGAUUUCACAUAGCAUCAACCUGGGUAGAUAAAUUUGCGUAAAACUUAUACAGUCUGUCAGCUUGGAUGUAUACAGAUUUAGAUACAUCUUUUCACAUGUAUUCUCAUAGAUGUCCUUAGCACACAUGGCCCAUGGGUGUCUAGACUGAGCACAGACACGUGUGCACAAACAUCUCCAUACAUACAUACUGUCAUCUGUUACAAUAAAUAAAUUUUAAGUGAUCAUUUAACAUGUAUGUGGUACUUCUGCAAUGUACAUUGUUUUCAUUAUUUAUUGUAACAUUGAAAACUAAAGUGCAGGAAAAAAACAGUAUCCCAGCAUCUUCAUUGUGUACACUUGGAAUUCCUUUCAUUUGGGCACAUUCAAGAUAAACUCAGCUUCCAAGUGGAUGGUAUGUAAUCAUCUGUGUAAGAUACACAUGCUUGAUGACUUCGGUUGAAUAGCUUUAUUCUGGAUCUCUCAUAACUAAAGCUAAAUCCAAAGACCUGAAAAAGGACCAAAAAAAAAAAAAAUGGAAAUACAGAAAACAAAAAAAGAGAAAGAAGGAAGAAAAUAGCAAAGUAAAACGCAAAGUAAUAGGGAAAAAGUGGGCUCUGGUUUCCAGGGUUGAGACAAUGGUGAUGUGGUAUUGUGGGGGCUGCGCUAGCUAGAGUGGGGAAGUGGUGAUUUUUCUUUCAUGCUUGUCACAUCUAAAUGGUCUUGAGGAACAUGAGAAAGAGGUUAUAAUUUCCUGCUUUAUUUUCAUUUAGACUAUCAAAAGAGGUUAUCCAUUUUGUCCAUCAAACAAUGAAGACAGUCAAAAGAAACACUUUUUUCCUUGUCUCUUUGGGUUAUGACCCAACAAGCUAAGUACCAUUAAUGUAAUUAAUUUAUUUAAAUUAGUUUCUAGCACACAAAUGUAUAGGAUUUGGUAAUUAUUUAAUCAUUCUUCCUUAGUUUGACUUUGCUCCUUGUGCUUAUUUAUCAAAAUCUAGACCAAUGGUGCAUCGGAGAUGCAAAAUCCCUUUUAGAAUUCUCUUGAAGUUUAGUUUGCUUUAUAAAGCAGUGAAAUUCUGUUACAGACAGGGAAGAAAUACAGGUUACAACAAAAAUUGAGGUAUUUUUCCUUCUUGAAUUAACUUUUAAAAUAGCUUAAUAACAAUGAUUAAAUUAUUUAAUUUAAGUUCGCAACCCCACCAGGUACCAGGCGAACUUCCCCUUUUAAUUAUUGGGGCCCUCAGAGCCUUCCUAUUGUAACUUAUUUAUUUAACUUAUUCAGCACCUGAGAAAGGUGCGCUGUAUAGUUUAUAUUUUUUAUUUAAAACAACAGAGAGCACUGCCGUUCAUUUGCUGUCAGAACAACAGAGCAAAGUUGGUGGACGAGCGAUGACUGUUCAGCCCGAGCCUGUGCAUUCAGAAAACGGAAGCCGAGACCCCGCUUCACCAGCCUGGAUUUCGGGGCUUCUAUACAGAAACUGGAAAAAUAAAUUUUAAAAAAAUCGUAACAGCAAAAAGAGAGGAACCCUUAUACUAGCUGCUUCCAAGAAUGAACUCUGUGUGUGUGUAAAACAACAAAACAAAAAAGAAAAAAAAAAGCAGAAAAAAGAAAAAAAGGAAAAACUUUCUAUUUCUAGUGAGAACCAAAGAAGGCUACCUCACUGACUUUUUCCAUUUGUAAUUUUAAUCGUGUUGAUGACACCAAAGAUACCAAAGAUUUCUUUCUCUGUGCGGUCUGCAUUUUGCUUAUGCUCUUUUAUAAUUUUAACUAUUCUCUCUGACAUAUGGUAUGUACAGCCACAGCUCAGAUACCCCAAAGAAAUAAUUAUAUAUGCGAUGGCGGCUGCUGAUUUGAAAAGGGAUAUUUUCUGUGUUUCUCUCAUUUGUCCGCUGUCCCCUCCACAUGUCCAGGAUGCAAGUUCAGGUGCUGCUGUAAUUGGAUUCCUUAAAUUCCACUUCCAAAUUGGUGAAGAAGACUGGUUGGAAGUGGCCUUCAGUCCUAGCCACAACCUCUGUCCCCGGUUUGGAGCUGUCACAGUAAAGAUUUCCAAUUACUAGACAUAGAAACUCAAUCAUUGAAUAGCAGAGCUGGAAGCAACCUUAGAAAUCACCUAGUCCAGCCCCCCGAGGCCUGGAGGAGAGAAAUGUUUCUCCGGGUUGAACAUCUAUAGGCAAAGCCCAGACAAGCUCCUGCCUCUCCUCCAGGGCUGUCCCCAUUGCUCAGUGCUAUCUCUGUAUGAGAUGGGCCCCUCAUUGGCAAAGAGGAAGACAGCAAUCCUUUAGCAAUGAGUAGAGCCUGGGGCUCAUCACUUAACAUUUGCACUCUGUAAAAAUAGCCACAGGCAUUUCAGUGUCUGUCUAAUUAGAAUCUCAACAUGAAGUCACAUCUAUAAAGAUGGCCAGCUUUGAAAUAUUAGGACUCCUAGAGGGAAUUUUGCCCUGGAAGUACAUGCUGAUCCAGUGUCAUCACUGUUGAACCUCCCCAUUACAAAGUGUUAUAUAGAGAGAAGCUUUUGGAGAUUUUUUAUUUUUCCUUUUUCUCCCCAAAGCCCCCCAGUACAUAGUUGUAUAUUUUAGUUGUGGGUCCAUCUAGUUGUGGCAUGUGGGAUGCCGCCUCAGCAUGGCCUGAUGAGUGGUGCCACAUCCGCACCCAGGAUUCGAACCGGCAAAACCCUGGGCCACCGAAGUGGAGCGCGCGAACUUAACCACUCGGCCACGGGGCCGGCCCCUAUAUAGAAGCUUUUGAUUCAGUGAGAAGAGAAAGCUCAUUCUUGGUCUGUUGAGUUGAAUUAUUAUGGAUAUUUUUAAGUCAGUAUUUAUCAGAGAAAGGGAAUUUGAUCACUGUUUGCACAUGUGACAUUUAAGCUCUUCAGCUUUUUCCUUUUACUCUGACCUCUAGGUGUUUAUAUUUCGUUCCUAGGCCACCUCUGUAUUUAUGAGAGAAUGUUAAGCCUUACAUCAUUAGAUGCUAAAGGAUUAGUUAUUGUAAAUGAAAGAUGACCCCAAAAUUUCAGAGGAAUAGACAUGCCAGUUUGAGAAAUGAUUACUUAAAUUUGCUUCUCUUUUCCCUUCUUACUCAUGAAAUUAACUGAUCUUCUUUAAGUUUCUUUCAUUUCCAUUAAAUGAUUAAAUGACUAUUAGAAUCCAUUCUUCAGAGUGAUUUGUAUAUUAGCCAAUGAGUCAUUCUCAGCUUUGACCAAAUAGGUUUUAGACAUAUGCAAAGAUCCACCUCUAGUCCAUGUAAUUCUUUCUUGAGUGCUAGUAUUUUGUACUUCCUGUAGCGUAGUUAGCUCUGAGCUUUUUAAGAGAGCAUUUAGACAAAGAAGCUAAGAAGGGAAAAGACCAAUCAAUUCAUCCAUUCCAUGCAUCAACAGAGGGUAGCUAGUACAGAAAUUUAGAAGACAGACCAACAGACUUUAGGAAACACUCUUACCCCUUUCUGUAGUUUCCAAGCGCCAUACUGACAUGUGAAAGUUCUCUCCUGUCCAAACAUGCUCAAAGCUCCAUCUUCCCCCUCUACAAAGCAAACUUGUAAGGCCUUCCUUCCAAACAGCGAAUUGCUUUGGUUUUCUUCUCAAAUUCCUAUUGGAAAUAGAAUUCUCAGGAUACCUGGGAGACACGACAAAGAAGAUCUGAUCAAUGAGCAGCAGAGUGCUCCCCUAUAAGCAAAUAUCACCUUCCCCAGCCUUCCAACACCAACCCCCUACAAGAGGCAACCUAGAGAGAGUGAUGGCAGCCUGAACACAGAAAACAUCCCCAAAUGGCAGACCCCUCCUCAGCAAUCCCCCCUCAGCCUCAUGCUUCACUUGCAAAGUGUGACAUAACCACGGGACGAGUGCCUUGCUUGAACCAAAGCAACGAUUUAGCCAGUCUGGACCUCUCUGUGCUUUUUUUAAUCCUUCCUGUGAAUACCUCAGCUUCAACUGGGCCUCCAUACAGUAAAUUGGUGGGCUUAUUGUACUGUGGUGCUUUGCAAAGCAACCUGCAAAGAACAAGAUUUGUACUAAUACCAAAGGUUCUUUCUCUGUGUCUCUUCUUUCCGCCUCCCCCGUUCUUCUCCCUUUUCUAGUUCACGGUUCCGAAGCUUUAAUAUGAACCUGGGCAUGUUGGCAAUGCAGACCGCGCAGUUCCUUACCGAAUUUUCUCAGAUAUACCUCAUAGAUAAUAGUGUUUAGAGUAAUGUUAUUAUAGCGUAUGUAAUAAAUUAUUCACUGUUUUCUUUUGGUAACUGUGAUUUAAAAAAAGAAAAAAGAAAAAAAAGCUUUAUACGUUUUAGGUUGUGCUUUUGUAAUAGACGAAAAGUUGCGCUUAAAAAAAUGUAUGUUCUUUUUUUCCCCUUUGGAUUUUAUUUAUUCUGGAUUGAGGAAAGUUGCAGAAUGAACCCAAAGUUUACAGUUACAUAUUUUGCUGAAGAAACAAUCUGUGUUCAUUUGCUCUGUUGGAAAAAAACUAUUAUUUUCUACAUUUGUGCUACUUGGUCUGACCAAUUAAUUGUUCUGUGUUAACAGUGUAGUAUUAUAAUUAGCAGCUGCCAAUCAGUGCUAUAAUUUUAUGCAUGAGGCUAAAGAUUUAGCAGUGUGAUGCAUUGUGGUCUUAAUAGCAACAUUUUCCUUUUGAACUAGAUCCCCCCCUUUGGUUCAAUGGACUUUAUUUAUGCAUGGGCGCCAAGCGUUGGUUAGCAGUUGUGGAACAGUUGUGUAUACAUUAAACUGUGAAAAUGUACACAGUUCAGCCUCAGACAGUGGUAAUAUUGGUUUAUUGGGAGAUGUCUUACCUCGAAAAUACCUUUCCAUCUGUUGGAAUCAGUCAGAUUGAAUCAAGUUCAAAUUUUAUGAGAAAGGUCAUUCCAAGUUUGAGUUAGCCAACUUACAUUCCACAAUUGGGAUCCUCAUAACCCAGCUCUAUCACUGUAUCCAAGAGGGGUUUGGAAACAAGCACUGAAAAACAUCUCAAUUCUGCAUUUUUAGUUUCUGCUAAAAGGAGUCCUUUUGGCUUUAUGUUCACGACCUCAGACCUAACUAGCCAUGCAUAUGGAGAUGCAAAUUCAUCCAGCUCCCGCCUCUCCUGGAUCUCUGCUUGGGAACGGCCACUUUGACUGUGCUUGGUUUCUUCUAGUAUUUUAUUGUCAGGUCAGUUCCCAAGAGAAACUCAAAUGGCAUCAAUAUCAAUAAUUAUUCUCUGGCUUUUUUGUCCACUCUCCUGGACAACUUCACCAACUCUUCCAGUGAUUCAGGCAAAAGUAGAUGGCCAUUCCCCAAACAUCCCCCUGCAGCCAUGUUGUGGCUCUUCCCCCUAGAGGCACAGGUGACUGGAACUCACCCUUUCCUGCCCAACAACGUUACGCCUGUCCUAAAGGUAGUCUAAGAAGUUUUGAAACCCAGUUUCAGAAGACCAUGUUGGUUUAAACUCCCCAGUUAUCUGAGACCUCUAUAUCUCAAAAGGUAUUUUUCGGUUGCAGUGGUUUGGGCAAACUUGUUCUUUCUUAUAUUUGGGUUCUGAGACCCAUUGUCAAGUUUCUCACCAAUUUCCCAAACCAGUAUGCUUGACGUAAAGCCAAAUCAGCUGCCAAUCACACUUUAUUUUGCAUGGGAAAGUGCAGCUUAGGAAACGGCGGGAAAGCAACCGUCUGCUGUGCAGAAUACUGGAAAUCACCAACUGUGGAGCAUUCAUAUUUCCUGGCAAUGAGAAUAUGUUGGGAAUGCGCUUUCAUUAAUAAUACAAAGAAACGUAUUUUUAUUUGGCCUUAUAAAGUAGAUUGUGAUAAUGAAAGCUUUGUAAUGUAUAGUCUUUUUUAUUUUUCCCCUUAUGAAUCUGCCAAAGAUGGGAAUGGAUACAAGAAUUUUAAGUCGGCUUUUGUGAGACAGUUAAUGAUUGUAAUAGUAUUUAAUCUUCCAGAAAGCUUUAUAUGUUCUUCCGCAAUAAACCAAAUCGAUAUUUGUUUCAGUAAAGUUCUCCUCACACUCAGAAACCCACAAACUAUUCCUCUUCGUGCAGAUAUUGUAGUAUCUACAAAGUUCAAAUGCAUUUUUGAUCCAAAAUAAACAGAGGAGUGUCUGAGACAUGAGCGUGCCCAGCCUUUUUAUUACGAGCAACGCAUGGGUUUGGCUCACUCGGAUUUGCCAAGAAGACUUGUCUUAUGAAACUCGAGGUAUAUUUUGUUAUGCCAUUUUAUGUCCUUUUUUUUUUUUAACUUUGUGGAAAGUGACAUGUUGAAUCAAGUGUAAGCUGAGUUUUCCAGACAACUGAAGUAGCUACGUCAUGAAUGUUAUUUUGUUAUUAAAGGGUUUUUACUCAACGCUUUGUGCCAGUGGAUGUCCUUCUCCUUGGAGACACAGAACUAUGGAAUUACCUCAGCUUGGCCUGGAUUUCGCCCCUUCUCUCAUGGGGGAAUGAGGGCCUGGCCUGGGAAAUGAAAGGUCAUGGGCUAGAAGGUAGGUUUUGGUACUAGGAAGAGAUCUCCACAGCUAUCAGCUUUAAAGAGAGCUGGGCCAAAACUCUCUAACCUCACUCUCUCUUGUCCCCAACACUUCUCUGAGAUCCCUUGGCCUCAAGCACAUGCCAGCAUGAAGGCAGACCCCAAUUGUAUCUUACAGGAAAAGCAAGGAAAAGAAAAUAGCAAUCCUGAAUCUUCGGGAGGCACCAGGCACUCACCCUUCCCGAAGCUGGGCUCCACCACCCAAGGCCAUGGCAGCCCACUGGUUGGCUUUCCCUGAGCCACCACUGAAGGUGUUUCCUUCAUCUUGACUAUGGCAAAGGGUCCAGGUUCCCACAAUCCAGUGGGGCUUUUCCAAAUCAGAAUCCCCCUAUUACUCGUCCUCUGCAUCCUGGUUUAGCUCUCCCAUCUAUAACUUUUGCAGAUGAUUAUUUGGUAAACAAAGAAAGGUAUGGAUGGGUUUUGCUGUCAUUUUGUUCCUACUGUAUAUUUUAUCUAUUCCCAGUUCUUUGAUCGGAAAAAUUCAAGAGGGGAAAAGAGACCCCACUGCCUCUCUGUGCCUUGCUCCUCUCUCAGGGGGCCGUGCACAUUGCCCAUGCUAUUGAUCUCUCUUAGAGGACAGGCUGAACCACAGCUCUUGAGCUAACCAAGAACGUGACCCAUUGAUAUCUACUUGAUCUCUACUUGAAAGUCAUAUUCAAAAAGCUGUAGAACUUGGGGUUUUUCCCCGUCUCUCUUGCUUUGACUCAAUUCAGCAUUUAGCUUAAGAGUUACUUUACUAUCUAGGAAAGUUUUUUCAGAUUAUGGCAGGGAACCGGCUACCUGGGAAGAAAGGUUAAGUGUUGAAAGACUAUCCAGCUUUGGAUAGGUAGUCAUGCCAUUAACAGAUACUUCCUUGAAACCAGAGUAUUAUUUCCUUUCUUUUCUAUAUUAUCUUGUGUUGCACAAGUCUCAGUGGUGCCAGCAAAUGUCUUACCACAAAAGGUUGUAAGACGCCUGGCAAAUUGGAGGUCCUGAAACAAGAAGACAACCUCCACACUGACAAAAUGAUGAAGAACGUCUGGCGGGCAGGGACUGAGGUGACACAGGCAUAAUCUUGGUGCUGGUUUCUCUUUUAAUCCAAAAUUUCAACCACCAAGUCUUAUUUUUCCCCCCUCAAUCCUAGAGCAGUUCAGUCUCUUCUCCCCUGCCUAGGAUGCCAAAGAAUGUCAUGGGUUGACCAACAUUCCAGUUAGUUCUCUUCUUCAUCCUUUGCUUUUCUCCAAGCAGGUAUGUUCCUGGACUGCAGAGAAAGAACCCAGCUGAUUUUUUCAUCCUUCCUAUUCUAAUAUUUCUACCCAAAUUAACAUUUUACUAGUAGAGCCACUGUAGGAUUCUUUCUUGGUCAAUGAAUUCUUACUAGAGAAACUAUCCUUCCACCAAAGUGAGCGAGAACAAGUUCCAAUAUCUUUCCCUUCCUUGGUCUUUGUUCUCAGGAUUGAGUCAUUUCUGGCUGUUUUCUCACUUUAGGCCCUGACCUCAGCUGUGUUUAUUUUGGGUAUUAAAACACCUUUUAAUUUCACAUGCUGGCCUGUGGGGUUUAAAUCCUUUCUUCCAAUCUGUUGGUUGCUUUAUGGUAUUUAAAGGUGAUUAAAAUGAGGGAAAGGAGGAAGAGGAAAAGAGAAAAGAGUUUGCCCCAGCUCUAUUUAAAGUUUUAAAAUGGAAAGAAGAGACUCAUUAAGUCAUGGGAAAUAACCCUCCCUGUCAGAGCCCGUGCUCUGCCACAUGGCUUCUAGGUCAGCUCUUCCAGAAACCCAGCCCUUUAGAAACCCAGCUACCUGUCAUAGGUCUCUAUCCAGAUUCCAAGGUGACAAGAGAUCAAAGAGUCAAGUGCACACCACUUGUUCACUUUCCUUGCUUUUACACAUAUUAUCUCCAAGAAAAUCACAGGGGAAAACUUUAAACUUUUAUUUUUAAUCAAUUCCUUUGACAUCACCUCUCAUAUUUAAAAUCAGGAAAAUAUACCCCUAAAAUUUGCACUCCCUUCUGUUUUGAAAAAGAAAACCCACAGACUAGUUAAUCCACAUUCUUACUUUCUUUUCACCCUGAGCUGUAUUUCCAAAACUCAGAUUUUGCCCCAUCUCAGACAUGUUAAGUCAGACUGUGCUGAAAGAUUUUCCAGGGAUGGUCAACAGGGUAUAUGUUCAGUGGCUGCCCUGAAAUCCUGGUGGGGAUGAGGAUCACAUACAGUGAUCAAGGGGCUGCUUACCCCUUGAUAAGUUCCCAGUCUUUUGGAAGAUUUCUUUGAAUGUUAAUUGCAUUUUCAACUUUGCUCAUUUCCCAUCCUGAUGUUUUGUCUGUAACGUUGCUUACACUGGAUUCUUUCUAUUUUUAUUCCUAUCAUUAAAUGGUA